AGAAUCUUAAGAUUCUAUGUCUUAAGAAUAAGAAGUUUCUUACAAUUGAAGGAGAAGAUGCAAAGAAGAUUAUUAAACAUUUGACCGGUACUAUGUGUACUAGUAAUGAUGUAGAUAAUGGAAAUGCAAUCAGGAACAAAGCGACGAAUGUUGUCAACUCUAUUGAUGAAACGCCAGCAGAGAAUCAUCAUUCUUCAGAUUGUGUAUGUUCGGAAUUGUCACCGGUAUUGGAAGGCUUGAAAUUGGAUUAG